GUCGCCGCAGCGCCGUGCGGCCGAGCCCGGCGCCGUCUCCCCGGUGACCGGGACAGCCGCUGCCUCGGCGGAGUAGCCGGAGUCCCGGGGGACAGAGAUCUUCAUCAGAUGGAGUGAUACUCUUGAAACAUGACAAAAAACUGGACUAAAUAAAAAUUUUCCUAUUUUAGGAAAAAAAAAUAAGUCCAAAAUGUACAGACCAGGAGAGACGGUCAAACAUCGCCUCAACAUGCACGCUCCUCCACGGAUAAGAAGCGUGGAAGUUGCUCGAGGAAGAGCAGGUUAUGGCUUUACCCUCUCGGGACAAGCCCCUUGUGUUCUUAGUUGUGUGAUGAAAGGAAGCCCUGCAGAUUAUGUUGGACUUAAAGCAGGAGACCAGAUAUUUGCAGUUAAUGAAAUCAAUGUGAAAAAAGCCUCUCAUGAAGAUGUAGUGAAACUUAUAGGGAAAUGUUCUGGAGUCCUGCACAUGGUCAUUGCUGAAGGGAUGAGUCAUAUGGAUUCAUGUUCAAGCGAUGAAGAAGUUGGUUUUUAUGAUGGGAAGGGGUGGCUGAAACCCAAACCUGACUCUAAAGCUCUGGGUAUAAACAGAGCUGAGAAAGUUGUCGAAGAAAUGCAGUCUGGCGGCAUUUUCAACAUGAUUUUUGAGAAUCCUGCUCUUUGUGCUGGAAACUCAGAUAAUUCUGCACCAAAACAAAGAUCAUUUCCAGUUUCUGCUGCUAUGAAAUUUGAAACUGGCAAUGAAAAUGUAAGCAAUCCAAAUAUACUGUCAAAGGAAGAAAUAGCCAAAGUUCUGAAUGAUGAUUCAGUUUUUAGAAUCGGACUGGAGAGUGCAGAAGACUUUGGGUUAGAUGCAAGCAUUUUGAAUGUUGCCAUGAUUGUAGGUUACUUAGGCUCCAUCGAACUUCCUUCAACAACUGCAAAUUUGGAAACAGAGAGUUUGCAGGCCAUUCGUGGGUGCAUGAGACGUCUGCGGGCAGAGCAGAAAAUCCAUUCCCUGGUGAUGAUGAAGAUAAUGCAUGACUGUAUUCAGCUCUGCAGUGACAAAUCAGGUGUUGUGGCAGAAUAUCCUGCAGAGAAACUGGCAUUCAGUGCUGUUUGCCCGGAUGAUAGAAGGUUCUUUGGCCUAGUUACAAUGCAGACAAAUGAUGAUGCAAGCUUGGCUCAGGAAGAUGAAGGGGUCCUGAGGACAUCUUGCCAUGUUUUUAUGGUGGAUCCUGAAUUAUUUCAUCAUAAAAUUCACCAGGGUAUAGCAAGACGUUUUGGACUGGAAUGUACAGCAGAUCCAGAUACCAAUGGCUGUCUGGAGUUUCCAACAUCCUCUCUCCCUGUCCUGCAGUUUAUUUCUGUCCUGUACAGGGAUAUGGGGGAGCUGAUAGAGGGAAUGCGUGCAAGGGCUUUCCUCGAUGGUGAUGCAGAUGCUCAUCAGAAUAAUAGUACCAGCAGUAACAGUGACAGUGGGAUUGGAAAUUUCAACCAAGAAGAAAAGAAUAAUAGAGUUCUGGUGGUUGAUUUAGGGACCAAUCCAAGUAAACACAUUCCUAGCAGCAUAUGGGAGAAUCCAGUAGGAAGGGGACAAAAUCAGCCUGCUUCCCAUUGGAAUGGCUUCUGUCAUGAGCAGGAGGGAAACAUCCCUUUGGAAGUAAUUCAGAACGAUAAGUCCCAAAAUGUUAGCAAGCACUUGAGCCCUUCUGCUCGUAUUGAAGUUCCAUUGGUUUCCUCCCGAAAUUCAGUGCCCCCGUCCAAGAAAAACGCUGCAGGGCUGGGCAAUCAGAGGUGGCUGCCUGUGCACGUUUUGCAGGAGUGGCAGCAUGGCAAUGCCAGCGACCAGGAGUCCUACACAGACUCCACAGAUGGCUGGUCCAGUGUGAACUGUGGCACCCUUCCUCCCCCAAUGAGUAAGAUUCCAGCUGACAGGUACAGGGUCGAUGGCAGCUUUGGUCAGCCACAGCUAAAAUCUCACAAAAGUGAAUGGUCCAAGAAGAUGUUCUGCAUUCAGAACAAAUUUGGCCCUCCACACAGUAUCAGGAAAUCUAAAGAAGAUAAAAAGGGUGCAAAAUUUGGACAUUCAAUGGGAUUAAAUCAGGCUCCUCCUCCACGUUCCUCUGCUCGAAGAUCAUUUGGAAGAUCGAAGCGAUUUAGCAUUACUCGCUCUCUGGAUGACCUCGAGUCAGCAACUGUUUCUGAUGGAGAGCUGAACAGCACUGAGUUGAAGGACUGCAUCAGUGAGAACAGCCUCAGCAGCAAUGCCAGCCUCCCCAGCGUGCAGAGCUGCCGGCGCCUGCGCGAGCGGAGGGUUGCCAGCUGGGCCGUGUCCUUUGAGAGGCUUCUGCAGGACUCUGUUGGUGUUAAAUAUUUCUCGGAAUUUCUACGGAAAGAAUUUAGCGAAGAAAAUAUUUUAUUUUGGCAGGCCUGUGAAUAUUUUAACCAUGUACCUGCACAUGAUAAAAAAGAGCUUUCUUACAGGGCUCGGGAGAUCUUCAGUAAGUUCUUGUGUAGCAAAGCUACAACCCCAGUUAAUAUUGACAGCCAGGCACAGCUGGCAGAUGAUAUUCUCAAUUCUCCCCAUCCAGAUAUGUUCAAGGAACAGCAACUUCAGAUAUUUAACCUGAUGAAGUUUGAUAGCUAUACUCGCUUCCUCAAGUCCCCCCUCUACCAAGAGUGCAUCUUAGCUGAAGUGGAAGGACGUCCUCUUCCUGAUCCUCAGCGUGUUCCCAGCAGCCCCACCUCCAAACACAGCGUCAGUUCAGACAAGUCCAACAUGUCCACACCAAAAAAGCUAAGUGGUAAGUCAAAGUCUGGAAGAUCUUUAAAUGAAGAGUCAGGAGAGGAGGACACUGAGAAGAAAAAGAGGGGAACAUUCUUCUCAUGGUCAAGAAGCAAGAGUUUGGGAAAAUCACAGAAGAGAAGAGAAAAUGGUGAUUAUCCAAACGAUUCUUUUCAGUCCAAUGGAUUGUCCUACAGACGGGAAUCUCAAGGCUCCAUGUCAUCCACUGCAAGUCUCGACCUGUCUGAAACCUCAAGAUUGCCUGCAUUUGUGCCAGAUAAAGACAAAUCCCCCAAGUACUGCUGCGUAAACCUUCCGGAUGGCUCAUCCAGCAAAAUGGCUGUGAAGUCAGGGUUCUCCAUCAAGGAGGUGCUCGCUGGGGUCUGUGAGAAACAUGGCAUCAACAUAGCUGCAGUGGACCUGUUCCUCGUUGGAGGUGAUAAGCCCCUGGUGUUGCACCAGGACAGCAGCAUCCUGGAGUCUCGGGACCUGCGCUUGGAAAAACGCACUUUAUUUAGGCUGGAUCUUGUUCCUAUCAACCGGUCAGUUGGUCUGAAGGCAAAACCCACCAAACCAGUAACAGAAGUCUUAAGGCCUGUUGUUGCAAAAUAUGGUUUAAAUCUUAAUGAACUUGUGGCAAGACUAAGUGGUGAGCAGGAGCCCCUUGAUCUUGGUGUCCCUAUAUCUAAUCUGGAUGGCCAGCGGGUUGUUCUAGAUGAAAAAGAACCAUCAAAGGGUAGAGAGAAACAAAGAGGCGUGUUAGUAAAACAGACUGCAACUGUAUCUUCAAGAAGUCAAGGAUCUACUGACUGAGUAAAACAUUAACAUAAUUUGAAAACUUCAGAAUUCGAGGCUUUCACAUUUUAUUUUGAGUUUUGUGAUAUUUGUCAAAGUUUGAAAAAUGCAUACCAAAUGUUGUAGACUGUUUUUUAAUGCAAAAACAAACAACUGUUCUAUGAACUUUGAAAUUUCAGAAACAUUUUUGUAUGACACAUCUUAGAAAUGUUGCAUGUUUUAAUAUGCCUACCGCCAUUUUGCAAAACUUUGGCAAUAAGAAGCAUUUUGAAGCUUCCAUCUUGGCUACAUUCAGAUUUUACAGCAUUUGAAAAAGCAUGUUAAAAAGUCAUUUUUAUGAAUACAUUGCAAAGCCUGCCACGUAUGAGUAGAGGAUUUAGGAAUAAGGUCAUACAAGUGCAAGUGUACGACUUCAUAUUAUGCUAAGUUAAAAUGAUACUAAUGUUCUGUUGCUUUAUUCCUUAAUGGCUUUUGCUUCAAACAGUAUUUAUAAGCUGGAUUGGAACUGUUAAUUUUAUUUAAUUUGUUGGAGAUGGCCUUUUAAAGCAUAUUUUAAUAUUCUGUAGUUAAAGUGCUUUCUUCUUGAAAAAUUAGGACAUGCAGAGACCCUAUAUUAAGAAUUACAUAUUUUUAUAUGUCUAUGUUUUGUACCAAAGAGUUUGUUUAUUGUUGCAAUGCUUCUUUUUUGAGGAGUGGUAUAAUUCUUGGCUUACAGUUGAUAAGUUUCUUGUUGCCAAGUUUUGAAACUUUUUAGAACAGUGUUGAUCUAUUAUGAGUAUUAUUUAUAGAAACAUAUUAAACCAUUGGAUAUCAUUAGGGACAUGAUCAGAAAAUCACUUCUAAUUGUGUUAAAGCCUCUUUAAAAAGCUGCCCCAUCGCUUUUGGUAAUGGCUCCUUGGAUGGUUACUGACUAUCUGUAAGCUACUGAUUCAUUGCAGCUCCAAAUAAAAUGGGGUUACUUAAAUCAUCAUCUGAUCAUACCCUGUGAUGAUAACAUCCUGGUUUAAAACUAUGCCAUGAAUUGAAUUGAAACUGUGAUAAAAUAUAAUUACUCUGAGAGAAAGUCAAUAUAACGAGGAAGUUUGCAACAUUCUGAAUCUUUGAAUGUUCAAAUGGCAUGCUAUUUUUGAGUUAAGAUGGGUAAAACCCAUCCAGAAUAUAAAAAUGUGCACCCAUUGUCUGUAAGACUAGAGCCUUGUUUUGUAUAAAGAAUUAAAAAAUCCUGCAUGUGUGUACAGAUUUAUUAACUGCGUAAAAUUGAAGACGUGUUCAAGGCUCAGUGAAUUGCAGCUGUUCUAAACUGCAAAACUCUUACAAUAGCAAUGCUGAUGGUCUUAAUUAUAGUGAUGCUAGUGAACAUUGCUGCAAUUGAAAAAGUUCCUAAUUAACAUGGGAUCUUAUUUCAAGGCAGCAUUGAAAGAAUUGAAGAUCUUCAUGGAAAAUAAAUGUGCUGAAAAUGUACGUUUUAAUAGCAUUGCACUUUCUGACAAAAACUUGUCAAUUUUGGGUUUUUCCCCAAUAGAAUUUUUUGAACUCAUAUCCAAAGCACAAAGUAACAGAGCAGAUGACCAACGUGGACUGCUAAGGAAAGAAGACCUUAUUCUUCCUGACUUUCUUCGUUUACCACCCACUGGACCAGAACCAUCCUCAUCUACACCCGCAGGUU